CCACAAUUUGUCUCCCAAAUGAAAUUCUCAGACAACACAAAAUAAAUAAAUAAAAAUGCAAAUCCCUUCAGCCCUUUAUGUUCUUCCUCCUUUAGCAAUCUUCAUUUUGACCAUCAGAAACGUGUUCCAAUUCCUUCAUCGGUCUAUUAUGUUCAAAACUAUUUGUCAAAUAGCUUCCCAGUUGAAAUGGGCUUGGGAUUUCCUUCUUCACCAGUCCUUCUUUCAGCAGUAUUCCGGUGUCAACAUGCUGCAAAAUCUUGAUGAAUUCAGUGGAACGCGUAUCGGGCCGCAAAAUAUGACUGAUUCUAUGGAUCCAGUGGAAUGUUCAAUUUGCCUAUGUAAUAUUGAUGAAGAAGAUGAAGUUAGAGAGCUGAUUAAUUGCAAACAUGUUUUCCACAGAGUUUGUUUGGAUAGGUGGGUUGGAUAUGGGCACUGGACAUGCCCUUUAUGUCGGAAUUAUUUGAAGAUUCCUAGAAUCGCUGCUGAGGUUUAUGAACAAGAAAUAUUAGUGUUUGAUUUCUGUUCUGUUAGAUCAAGCAAUCGCUGCACAUGGUGGCUACGUUAAUGUUGUAGUGCACGUUUGGUACGUCGUAUUAAAUAUGAUUAGCAAUGCUUAUUUGUGAAAUGCUGCAAUCCUUGUUAGUAAAGAUGUUAAUAUUUUGUAUCCGGGUCUAAUAUGAAAUAAUUUGAAUAUAAAUAUAUUCCUAUUCAAUCA